AAGCUCAUCUCUUUCUUCAACCCAAUAACGAAAGUCUCCUCCUUUAUUAAUGGGUUACUUCAGUAGUAAACACCGGAAAACUCAAAACGACGGCGGAGAAAGAACAAUUCCGAUCAAUCCAGUUCAAACCCAUGUCGUUAAUCAAGUCCCUGAGCAUCGUAAACAUCAAAUCCUAACACCCAAACCCAUGAAACAAGCAAUCCUUCAACAGAUUUCAACGCCGUCUUCAAACCCAAUGUCAGUUCGAGAUCCACAUACGAUUUUAGAAAUUGGAAAUUUCGAUCAAUGGGGAGGAGAAUAUUGAACGAUGCGUUGAGAACGAUUGUGAAUGCUGAGAAGCGAGGGAAAGCUUCGGUGGAGUUGAAGCCUGUCUCUACCGUUAUGUCUUCGUUUCUCAAAAUCAUGAAGGAGAAAGGGUACAUCAAGAACUUUCAAGUCUAUGAUCCACACAGAGUUGGAAGAAUAACUGUUGACCUACAAGGAAGGGUUAAUGAUUGCAAAGCUCUUACUUAUAGGCAAGACCUCAAGGCAAACGAAAUCGGGCAAUACACAGAACGCACACUUCCAACACGCCAGUGGGGUUAUGUUGUGAUUACAACUCCUGAUGGCAUUUUGGACCAUGAAGAAGCUAUUAAACGGAAUGUGGGUGGUCAGGUUCUUGGCUUCUUUCAUUGAACUGAUCAAAUACGAAAAGAAAACUCUCAUGGAGGGACUUUGAUAUGUCAAAAUCCUGCCACAACAUGUCAUCUGUCUGGCUUUUUGGACAUUGUGUUUGUUUGUUUCUUGUACUGCAGUUUGAGCAAAUUGGAAAUUAGAGAACAAAAUUUGUUUCUAUUG